AUACAAGACCCUCAACCAUGAGACUCCUUAUCUUUGCCAUUCUUCUUGGGUUGGUCACCCUGGUCUUGGGCCGACGAGAUCCCAAUCGCAGUGCCAUGGCCGAUUCCCGCAGCGCAGAAGCGUUCAUCUCUAGACAAGAAUCUGCUAAUUUUGCCAAUAGACAAAGGAGCAGCAACCUCCACAAUGUGCUAUACCGAGCCCCAGUGAGAUCCCCCUUGGAAGCGAAGAGAGAGGUGUGCGAGCUGAACCCGGACUGCGAUGAGCUGGCCGAUCACAUUGGUUUCCAGGAGGCUUACAAAAGAUUCUAUGGCCCGGUGUAAAGCGAUGCGGAGUACUCCCAGCACGACUACAACCCCCCUCAUGGUGGACUCGUGUAGCUGUAGGCUCUGUAUGUACGUGUUUUAGCUCUGCGGGGUCUCUGCUUCUAAGGCUGGAGGCCGGAUACCGCACGCGGCUCCCGGUGCUAUACUGCCGGCACUUUGCUCGUCCAUCACAGGAGUGUAUAAUCAAUGCAGAUAUGUUAUCUAACUCCAGUCAUAAGAUGUAAAGCUACCCCUCUGCAUGUAGAGGGCACCAAACUCCAUAUUGCUGCUGGCGCCCCCUGGUGGUGUUUACAUUGGACGGAGGAUUAUAACCCCUUGUGUUGUACGUCACCUAUAAGAUGUAAUAAGCUUGUACUCAUCACUGUGGUUAUGAAUGCAGAUUACAAUAAAUGACUGUCACAUUACCACGCCUCGCUGGCUCUGCUAUAUCACAGACACUGACACAUGAGGUUCUUCACUCGUUUAAUGCCCACCAUUAUAUCCAUUAUUAACAUCCAAGAAAAGCACCUGGUUGGGGGGGGGGGGGGGGGAGGGUAGAGCGAGGGACCCCGAUCCAUCCAUAUCCCUCUCCCCCUCCCCAGGGAUUAAAGGGUUAACAAUGCAUCAAUCAGUAGGUUCCAGUUAUUGUUACUGCUAGGGCACCCCGCCCCCCCCCCACUAUAGAGCAAUUGGGGGUACAGAGUCACAGUGCCGACCAACAGGGCGCGUGUCAUCGAUUGCUUUAGUCUGACUGAUGGAGAAUGGCUUCAUUUGCAUGUCUCCGCCCACCACAGUUCCUCAAAUCCAGACCAAAGGGAUUAGAAAAACAUGGCUGCCUUCUUCCAGCAGGCACCUGUCUAGGGAUGGUGUCUGCUUUGGAUUGAAUUGGGCUACGUUGCAAUACCAGAAAUAACCUGUGGACAGGCGUGGCGCUGUUUUUGCAAGAAGGCAGCCAUAUAUUUUUUUUUACACAGUAUAGUUCCUUUAAAUCCUUCACUUUUGGGGGGGCGUUAGGUUUAAAGCUCCACCACCUGCCCGCGUAUGGUGGAGCCCCCACUGCGCUGUAGGUUACCAUUGGAAGUGCAACUACUUGUAAAGGGAGCGCUUCCUGUCAUAACGUAAUGCAUAUAUGGGCCAAUCAUAUGCCAAGAGCGGCGUCCCUCCUGGCCAAUCAGAUGUGCUGUGGCUAGACAAGUGUCACAUGAAUCCUGUGGGCAAUUCUGAUUGGCUAGGAGGGCUCAGCAG